GAUCACUUACUUAUUAAAAAGUAUUUCCGACUGUGCUCUAAGCUGUCAACACAGUACAAUAAACAGACUAGCGUCUAGAUGGAAACAAUAUACAAUGUACUCAGUUUGGAGUGGCUGGACGGCAGCAGUAUUUUGAUAUUUCUGUGUGUUUUUCUGUUGUUGGCUGAUGUUUUGAAGAACAGAGCCCCGACUAACUUUCCUCCUGGACCGUGGUCUCUACCUUUGAUUGGUGAUCUUCACCGGAUUGAACUCUCCAGACUCCACCUGCAGUUCAUAGAGCUUGCAAAAAAAUAUGGAAACAUCUUCAGCCUUCGUCUCUUUGGUGGAAGGAUGGUGGUCAUCAAUGGCUACAAGCUAGUGAGAGAGGCGCUGGUCGAAAGAGGAGAAGACUUCAUAGAUCGCCCCACCCUCCCUCUUUUUGAAGAAUCAAUUGGGAAUAAAGGUCUGGUGGCAUCAAACGGCAAUCUAUGGAAGCAGCAGCGGAGAUUUGCUCUUCAUACACUCAGAAACUUUGGUGUUGGCAAGAAAAGUCUGGAGCCAUCCAUCCAGCAGGAGUGCCAAUAUCUCACUGAGGCUUUUGCCCUUCAGCAAGGCAAGCCUUUUAAUGCACUGUCACUGAUUAACAACGCCGUGUCCAACAUCAUCUGCUGCCUGGUGUUUGGGCAUCGCUUUGAGUACACUGACGAGCAGUUCCAGCGUAUUCUGCAGAACUUCAGUGAGGCAGUGCUCUUAGAGGGGACUUUGUGGGCACAGGCUUAUAACACAUUGCCCUGGCUGAUGAAGUGGGUACCUGGACCCCACCGAAAGAUAUUCACGCUCCUACAAAAGAUACUUGACUUCAUAGAAAUUAAGAUCAAUGAACACAAAGAAAGUCUCGACCCCUCUUCACCAAGAGACUACAUCGACUACUUCCUCGCAGAGAUGGGAGAGAAAGAGGACAAAGAUUCAGGUUUUGAUUUGAAGAAUUUGUGUGUUUGCACGUUGGAUCUCUUUGGUGCUGGAACUGAAACGACUACCACUUCUUUACACUGGGGACUGCUAUACAUGAUCUACUACCCACACAUCCAAGAGAGAGUUCAGGCUGAGAUUGAUAAAGUCGUUGGUUCAUCCAGACAGCCCUCUCUGGCUGACAGAGAAAACAUGCCCUAUACGGAUGCAGUCAUCCAUGAAAUCCAGAGGAUGGCCGACAUCAUUCCUCUCAAUGUGGUCCACAUGGCAAACAAGGACACCAAGCUUAACGAGUACACAAUCCCAAAUGGAACCAUUAUCAUGCCCUCACUUCACUCAGUUCUCCAUGAUGAGUCGAUGUGGGAGACUCCACACUCCUUUAACCCUCAACAUUUUCUAGACCAGGAUGGCAAAUUCAGAAAGAGGGAUGCCUUCCUUCCUUUUUCAGCAGGUAAGCGUGUGUGUCUCGGGGAAAAGCUGGCCAGGAUGGAGUUAUUCCUCUUCUUUACCUCCCUGCUUCAGAGGUUUUCUUUCUCCCCAUCCGCUGGAGAGCAGCCCAGUUUGGAGUUUAAUUUAGGAGGCGUCCGCGCUCCCAAACCUUAUAGCCUCUGUGCCGUACAACGAUAAACCUCCAACUGACUGAAACUGAGCCAUCUGUCAAAUGAUGAACGUCUGCUUUAUUGUUCUUUUCCUAUAGUGUGAUUUAAACAUGAUUUGGAAGUUUUUUCCUUCUUCAGCCUUUUUAUAUUAUUAAUGUGAACUAAAUUCAGAUAAGCAACAAAAACAUUUAAAUUUAUAAAAAAAAAAAAAAACAAAGAAAAAGAAUCACUGGGAACAAUAUUCCUCAUUUCAAUUGCACGUUUUCUUGAAACUUGAUGUGUAAAUAAAUGAUAGAUUCAGUGCUUUGUAUUCAGACCGCUGUGUGUUCACUUUCACACUGUGGUUUUAGUCUGACAUUUAGCAGGUGAGAAAAGCAUUCAAAUGAGAGAAAACCAUUCUGCAUCCGUGCUAAUUUGGGUCCAUGCACCCACACAGUACUUGAAAAAUAUGAUAUAAAUAUAAUUCCUUUGUAAAAAUCUGUUUGCCCCUGCAGCCAGGAUGGUGUUGCCUCUCAUUACAUGCAACAUGCUGCAACUUCAGUUCAUUAUUAUCAAGUUAUGGAUGUCAUCCUAUUCCAUGUAAUACAAUAACUUGACAGAACUCGGUCUGUGAAUGAACAAUGCAGUUAGCAAAGGGGGGGAAAGGCAUCUUAAAGACAUGUUUUUGACUUGUGUAGUAGAGAUUUUUCUGUCUAAUGAUCUCAGAAUACAUUUGUCAAGCAGCAAUUGAAAGCAAAACUUGUGGUUUUAUAUUUUGCUUGAGCUGAUGGAGCUACAGAUAAUGUCUGUUGGCAGCUGUGGACGUGAGAGCUCAGGUACCCGCCAUGGGAUCUAACCAUAUCCGAAACAGGUGUUUCGGUUUAACGAGCGACCCUAUUACCUGGAGACCUUCAGCCGAACGCGUCUGUGGUUGUCACAGUUACGCAUUCAAGUAGCUGUCCUCGUUAGUGACCCUUUGUUUGUUUGUUUGUUUUUCAUUAACGGUACACUGUGUUAAAACAAACAAGCAAACAAAAAACUACCUAUUUCGUCUUAAUCGUGUCUUUUUCCACAGCUACGUAUUCUCUUCCUGUUUCAACGUUUGUCGUAACCACGACAACCGGUCGUUAAAGUCGCCAGUUAACAGGGUCGCCCGUUUGUCCGAAACACCCACACUCUCUGCCAGCAGAGACGGCUGAACUUUGGACGCUAGUUUAUGAAUUUAGUUUGUGUAUAAAUUAUGUCGAUAUGUCUUGUCGAGUUCAGUGACUUAUGGCUGAGAUAAAAUACGAAGUGGUGCUACAGUCAGUAUUGUUACCGUGAAGCUUUGCUGACUCGGUUUUCACAAUAAAAGCAUGCACACAAAUUUGCAAAACAAACAUGGACAUAAGUAGUUUAAAACACACAGACAGAAGGGGCAACUAUUUACUGCAUACUACCGUUAGAAACUAUAUGAUUAGUUUAUAAUAAACCAGAUUAUAUACAUAUGCAUACAUAGAUAUAUGCAUAUGUAUAUACUGUCAUAUCCACCUACCUCAUGUAAAGAACACAACCAUAUUUAUUCCACCACCUGCACCAUUGCCAGUCAUCACCAGUCGUUUACCCAGUCUACAAAUGUCUAUAGAUAGAUACUCAUGUCUAUAUAUCUAUAUUUAUGCAAAAAUAUAUCAAAUCAAAAUCAAAUCAAAAAUCUAAUCAAAUCAAAUUUUAUUUGUAUAGCCCAAAGUCACAAAGUACAUUUGCCUCGGAGGGCUUUACAAUCUGUACAGGGAGUGACACCCUCUGUCCUUAUACCUUCUAUAUAUAUGUUUAUGUUUUAUGUUGUUUAUGUUAUGUUUGCGCCUACCUGUCAUGUCCCUUACCUGUCUCCCUGUAUGUACAAUUGAGAGCAAAGUGAACUGGAGUCAUAUUCCUUGUGUGACCUGGCCAAUAAAGCGAUUCUGAUUGUAAUUUCUCCCUAUUUUAUGACAUUUUAUAGACUUUAUCUUUUCCCAAAGGAUCAAUACAUCACUACUAGACCUGUCAGUUAUAAGUUUAUUGAGAUACUAAAUUAUGAAAGAAAAGCCUUGGUGGUUUUAAUAGUAAGUGUUACCCUAGAGGACAAAUGUAAACCCUGGGCUUUAUCAUUUCCCAAUACCAUCUACCAAUUUCCAAGUUACCCUUUUAAAGCAAAAGUUUACAAAAAAUAGUGUCCAGAAAGUUUUUGUCUGGAAGUAAGUAUCACAGCACUGAGAUUUCCCUGCUCGAGGUUACCAACAACCUUUUUACGUGCAAACAGACAAUGAAGUGUUAUCUUAUUUUAUCUGAAUGGCUGCUGAUGUUGCCAUCAAAAAUCUAAUCAAAUCAGAUUUUCUUUGUAUAGCCCAAAGUCA